AUGAUGACGUCGAACCUCUUAUCACGGCUCCUACCCACAAAUCCGACGGCCCGCUCUAUUUACGAAGACCUUCGAGACCACGACGAAGCGUCGGAAUCAGAUAUCGAGGAGCAAGCAGGCUUGGCGCUCGACGAAGAAAAUCUACGGUUUAGGGAUGAUGAGUUGGGGGACGCAGAAGCGUUCAACGGGGAGGAGAGCCGGAUCACAACGGAAAGCACAGCGUUCCUAACUGGCCACAGAAGCCGAUCGGAAGGCAGAGGGCCUGAGCAAAAGGGGAAGGCACACGACGGCCGCUCAAAAUGGUUACCGCAAUCCCCGAGGUUGCUCGAGGAAGACGGAGAUGACGAUGUCCCGGAGUCCUUGUUAGUCGAGGGGAACGCUAUACCGGAACCCAGAACCCCGGCCAAGCCACGAGCUCGACAGACAAAACAAUCAAACAGCCACCCUGCCAUGCCAGGCCCAUCUGGCAGGGAAAGUCGGGCUCAUUGGGAAGCUACCCAAGCACAGCAAGCACUUCAUCAAGACCACGCAAAUACGACAACUGGGCAGCCACAGGUACGUUCGAGACCGGGGCUGCUGAUGAGUAGUGCCAAAGACAAAGCAAUGUGGAGGUGGGCAAAUGUCCAAAAUUUAGAUAAUUUCAUGAAAGAGGUCUAUGAUUACUAUCUUGGCUCUGGGAUGUGGAGCAUUGUGCUCGAGAGAGCACUGAAUAUCCUGACAAGCGUAUUUCUUGCCGUUUUCGUCACUUUCCUCUCACAAUGCGUCGACUUCCAAAAGAUUCCUCAUAGUAAGCGGCUGCCAGAAGUCCUCGUACCGAAGUGCAUCAAGAAUAUGUCAGGGAUGCCAAAUGUAGCCAUUUGGAUAUUUACCCUGUUGAUAAUAUUCAGAGUGUAUCAGCUCUUUAUUGAUAUCCCUCGACUGAUGCGGAUGCACGAUUUUUACGUUCAUUUACUUGGAAUUCCCGAUAGCGAUAUGCAAACAAUCUCUUGGCAAGAUAUUGUCGCUCGAAUAAUGGCUCUACGGGACUCAAAUCCCAGAACUGCCGAGAAGAUGUCGGCCAAAAACCGAAGAUACGUAGGAAGUCAGUCAAAAGCGAGGCUGGAUGCCCACGAUAUCGCGAACAGACUGAUGAGAGAAGAGAAUUACUUCAUUGCUAUGUUUAACAAGGACAUACUUGACUUAACAUUACCACUGCCAUUCCUUCGAGGUCGUCAACUAUAUUCGAGGAUUUUGCAAUGGAACCUGGAUCUCUGCUUUAAGGACUAUAUCUUCAACCAGUAUGGCCAAGUCCGGCAACUAGUGUUGACAGAUUCGCAUCGUAGACAACUCAGUGAUGGCCUUAGGACUAGGUUUUUAUUCGCUGGAUUUAUGAACGCUUUAUUUGCCCCUGUUAUUGUUAUAGAAUACAAAAAGAAUCCCUCGGCCAUUGGAUCGCGCCAAUAUACGGCCUUCGCCGAGUGGAAGUUUCGAGAAUUCAACGAGCUUCACCACUUGUUUCACCAGCGCUUGAACAUGUCAUAUCCAUUCGCAUCACGUUACCUAGAACAGUUCCCAAAGGUUAAGACCGUGCAUCUAGCAAGAUUCCUGGCAUUCAUUGCAGGGUCGAUAGUGUCGGUCCUGGUUCUUGCAACGCUCUGGGACCCUGAGCUCUUUCUGAGUUUCGAGAUCACACCCGAAAGGACGGUGAUCUUUUAUUUGGGGAUACUUGGACCGCUUUGGGCCGUAUUGAGUGGGUCGAUACCGGAAGAUAAUGAUGUAUUCGAUCCAGAAUAUGCAUUGCGCCAAGUCAUUGACUACACCCAUUACCGGCCACCUCACUGGGAAAACCGGCUUCACAGUGACGAGGUCAAACGAGAAUUUUCUACUCUAUAUCAGUUGAAGAUCAUGAUCUUUUUAGAGGAGGUUUUCAGUAUUAUAAUUACUCCGUUUAUCCUCUGGUAUAGUUUGCCAAAAUGCUGUGAUCAGAUCAUCGACUUCUUCCGGGAGUUUACAGUCCACGUGGAUGGGGUAGGCUACUUGUGCUCCUUCGCGGUGUUCGACUUCAAAAGAGGCGAUGGCAGAUCGGCACAACAGGACAAGCCCGGGACGGAUCCGCGCGACGAUUAUUAUUCCACGAAACAUGGCAAGAUGACCGCUUCAUACUAUGGAUUCCUGGACAAUUAUAUACUCAACCCCAAGACAGGUAUUCAGGGGCAUAUCCCUCCCGGAGCCCGACAGGCGUUCCACCCGCCACCCGCGUUCCCAGGGCUCAUGUCCCCCGCGCUCGCUGCAGAUAUGCAGACGUCACGAAUGGGUCGCAGCGAGAGACGGAUAGGCAGAGCACCGGGUGGUUUGUCCCAGGCGCAAGCAGCUCGCACACCUCGAUUUCCCCCUGCGGCGGCGCAUGGCUCGCCGAUGACUUCGAUUUUACUGGACCCGCAUCACCAACCAUCAGCGUCUGGAUUUGGAGGGCGCAGUGGACGCCGAAACUCUCGGUCUCGAUAUCAAGCUCGACAGAAUAUCAUAGAGGAUCCCAUGGAAGAUGAGGAUGUAGAUGAGGACGGAAGGGAUCCCAGGCGGAGUAACAUAUCCCAAGAAAGCGUCGCCGGGUUAGGUGAAUCUCGAUGGGAGACCUCCCCUACUAGGGGGGCACGGGGAGAGGAUGUGGAGGAUGAGGAGGAUGCGCCGGCUGGCGCCGGGGGAGUUCUUGGGCUGUUGUAUCAAUUUCAGAAGGCGCAAACGGAUGGCAGACUAUAA